CGAAAGUCGAAACCAAUCAAAAUGUUCUAAUUAGAGAGAGGCUCUAUAGCCCACAACGUUACAGCUGUCACCACCACACAGCAAAAUUGACCAACCGCCAUAGCUCCGCGGACGACCGUUCAUGGCGGAUAAAAGCCAAUGCAAGUAACCACAGCACUGUUAGCAUGCCCUCCUUUUCUUCAUCCACCAUCACCAAUUUCCUCUGCAAAUCACUCUCCUUCGGCACCAGAAAAAUGAGUCUCAAUUUCCACGCCUUCGCCGGCAAUCCGUCGAGAUCAAGGACACCGAGGCCGACCGACGCCCUCUCCCCACAAUCCGCCCUCCAAACCCUCCGGUCCCUGCUAUCUAGCCCGAGCAACGGACCCGUUUCCCCCGAUUUCAGGGUUUUGCCCUUCAGAAAGGGCAGGCCGCUGGCCGGCCUCGAGGAGGACGGGCCCACGUGGCGUCUCGGCUGGCUGAGCCUGUGGGAGUGCAAAAGGUAUCUGGAGGAUUCUGAAAUUGGGUUAAAGGAUGAUUCCUUGGUGUACUUGGGGUGUGAUUAUGGGGACGACGUCGUGUACUGGGGUGUGGAUGUUUCGGAUGCCGGCGGGUUGGUUGGUGAGUUAGGAGCUCGGAGGUUUUGCUUCGUGGAGCUGAGGACUCUCAUGGUCGCCACUGAUUGGACCGAUGCUAAGGCCAUGGGGGAGCUCGCCGUUGCUGGUCAUGCCAGAGCACUGCUAGAAUGGCAUGAUACGGCACGUUUUUGUGGGCAUUGUGGAUCUAAGUCUGUCUCUGUGGAAGCUGGGAAAAGGAGGCAGUGUUCGAAUGAGCUGUGCAAAAAGAGGAUCUAUCCUCGUUUAGAUCCUGUUGUUAUUAUGUUAGUUAUUGACAAAGAGAAUGACCGGGCACUAUUAAGUAAGCAAUCAAGAUUCGUGCCGCGCAUGUGGAGCUGCCUUGCUGGCUUUAUAGAGCCAGGAGAAAGCUUAGAAGAAGCAGUCAGGAGAGAAACUUUGGAGGAGACAGGCAUUGAAGUUGGUGAGGUUGUCUAUCACAGUUCUCAGCCAUGGCCGGUGGGACCUAGCAGCAUGCCAUGUCAGCUAAUGGUAGGGUUCUUUGCAUACGCAAAAACACUUGAUAUAAGUGUGGAUAAGGCUGAACUUGAAGAUGCUCAAUGGCAUAAUAGAGAGGAUGUGAAGAAAGCUCUCACAUUUGCCGAAUACCGUAAGGCACAGAAGACAGCAGCUGCUAAGGUGGAGCAAAUGUGCAGAGGGUUGGUGAAAGAACAAAGCCUUUCUUCUGAUUUCAAUGUGGAGAGUGGGGAACUUGCUCCCAUGUUUGUACCGGGACCUUUCGCGAUUGCACAUCACCUAAUCUCUUGUUGGGCCAAUCAAAAAUUGCCAAGUGGUACCACAGCUUCUUCGUUGUCGAAUUUGUAGGGACCAAGUGAUGAAGAGAUGAACGUCCUUUGAUUUUAUUUUGUUUUUUUUAGAUGUAUGUAUACACAUAAAGCAUACUUUCUUAAAAGUCACCCAAGUUUCAAAUGAUCCUUCCAAUUCUGCCUAUAUUGAAAAUGAUGUAUUGGAAGGCUUUCACUUUGAUCUUGGUCUCUAAGCGUUGCCUCGGUUUUAUGUUGUUGUAUGGCAUUACUUUAUUGUAGAAUCUGAAAAUUUAUUUGAACUUGGUGUGGCAUAAAAUUGUCUCUUUUUUUUACCCAAAAUUAAUAUAUUGUGUGAAGUUAUGAUAA